GAGGCUUGCUGAGGAGAAAUCGGGUCGCUGCUUGGCACCGGCCGAUGUGACGCCCUCCCUGCCUCUGGAAGAUCGGAAGAGCGAGCGCUUGUCUCCUUCGCAGACCGAACUCAGCGAGGCAGAUCGGCUGAACUUGAGGAGUUGUUUGGCUGCCACCGCCGGCCCCUAUCCGCCGCUGAGGAGGCGCUUCCCGCUCAAACUCGCCAUACAGGUGGCUGUGCAGCUUUGGGAAGUCGAAAGCCCGUUGCUCUCGGAGCAGGGGAGUCCAGUGACGCGAUUGGCAAAUGCCGCGCGGGAGAGCACGCAGGACUUGGUGGUGAAGACGGCAGCCCUCGGGGCCUCCGUGGUCCAUUGGGGCCAGUCGAUGCUGGGCUCCGCUGCGAAGGCUCUGGACUCGCACUGCCGGCCACGGUCCUUGCAAGAUCCAAAGAAGGAGAAGGAUAGCGCUCUUCUGGAUUCCCUUCGGAACCGUGGAGGUAUCGUGGUCGAGCAAUCUCGCUGA